CCAUACAGAACUGCCACCCAGGAGCAAAUGAGCAGGGACGUCUGCAUCCACACCUGGCUGUGCUCCUACUAUUUGGAGCCUGAGAGGCGAUGGGUCCCUGGAAGAUUGUCCUUGACAUCACGGUCCCUCAGGUUCUUGACAGAUGGCACUGGGGAGGCUCUGGUGAGCCUUCCCCUGUCCAGCAUCAUGGAGAUCAGGAAGGAAGGCUUGCGCUUCAUCUUCAGCUCCAUCACUGUCUUGGAGACGGGCCAUGUCAAGCACUGGUUCAGCUCCCUGCAGCCCAGCCGCAAUGCCGUCUUCAGCAUCCUCGAGCACUUCUGGCGGGAGCUACUGCUGUCACAGCCCAGGGCCGCCAUGGACGCUUUGCCCAAGACUCGUGGACAGGAGCUAGUGGGACUGAUGGCCAGGUCCCAGAGACGACUGGAGGACACGGCCAGGGUCCUGCACCAUCAGGGCCAACAGCUUGACAGCGUCAUGACAGGCCUGGAUAAGAUGGAAUCGGACCUGGAUGUGGCAGACAGAUUGCUGACAGAGCUGGAGUCUCCCGCUUGGUGGCCCUUCAGCUCCAAGCUUUGGAAGACUGUGCCAGAAGCUAAGCCCAGGGAAGGCAACUCUGUCACUAGUUGUAAACCUUCGGGAAGAGAAGGCAUAGUGAUCAGAAUUCCUGCCAUUAUCUCCCAAGGGACAGCAUCCCAGUUUAGGCCAGGGGUGCUCGUUAUCCUUGUGUCUGGCUUGGAAAUUUACGACUCCAGCUCCUCGCUCCUGCAUAGGUUUGAGAGGGAGGAUGUGGAUGACAUUAAGGUCCAUUCGCCAUAUGAAAUUAGCAUCCACCACCGGCUUAUCGGCAAGCCAGAUGUGACUUAUCAGGUGAUGUCCGCCAGGAUGCCGGAGGCCAUCCCCGUUCUGGAGGUGCAGUUCAAUAAGAAGAUGGAGCUGCUGGAAGAUGCCCUGGGGUUUGGGAAUGCUGGAACCUCUUCUGCUGCAGAGAGGGGCCACUUAGUCCAGCAAACAGCAUCCGGGCUGAUGGGCCACAUCGACCACCUGGCGCCACCCACAGGAGUCCAGGAGGACAGGCUGCUGCAGCUGCAGACCCGUCAGCCAGUCUUCUCCGAGGGAGAUGCACAGGAACUGACCCAGAUCCUGAGGAAGAUGAAGGGGCUAGCCCUGGACACCGAGGCUGAGCUGGAGAGACAGGAUGAGUCCCUGGAUGGUGUUGCUGCGGCCGUGGACCGGGCAACCUUGACCAUCGACAAGCACAACUGGCGCAUGAAGAGGCUGACUUAGAGGGCCAGGCGUGGGGCCAUGGUGUCCCACAGCCCCCCACCCCUGAGCCUGCUCACCCUGCAUGUCCCCUGAGAUAGAGGCCUGGGAGGUGGGGCUGUGGGAGCCAUCAUGAUACCCGAGGAACCACCCUACACACAGGAAUAUGCCGCCCAUCCCCAGCCUGGCUGGGAUGCUGGGACCUGCCCUGGCCAGGCUGCCUGGUCAGGAAGCGGCAUCUCCCUGUAGGCCAUUUUGCUAAGCUUGAAAGAGGGUUCCGCCAGGAGAGACCCUGAUACUGCAGCCCUUGGCCACUCAGGAUGGGGGCUGUUCUCAGUGCCUCAGGACAGCGAGGCCCGACCAUGGCACCCUGGGACGCCCACCACCCUCUCAACCCAUUCCCUUUCAUGCACAGGCUGGCUUUCUUUUCAGAGGUGCCAUCACUUCCUGAGUGAAGUUAGAGCCUGGCACGCCCUGAGGGCAUCCUGUAAACACCCAGCAUGCUCUUUUAUUGCCCAUUUUUAGCCAAAAGUGAAAACAGCAUGACUAUCUUUUUAAGAAACAUGUUGGUUUCUGCCUUUACGGCCCCAUAUCCAUCCAGAAAUAAAAGGGAAAUGCUAGUUUCAGGACUGUUUUAAGGACUUGUGGGAGUUUUUUUUUCCCACGUGGUCCUGUGUGCACCUCCAUCCUGCAUGGAAGGAUGGCAGUGGAGGCUGUUGCAGCAGCCUCCCGGGCACAGGAAGGCUGGAGCAGGCCAGGAGAGCUUAGAGUGCUAUCCACGGCCAGGGAUCUCACUUGUUGCCCUUCCGGGACCAUGCGGGCUCCAGCACCCAAGAGGCCCAGUGCCUGACACGAUACUGGCUUCCAGGGGCCACAGGGUGGCCAAGUUCACAAACAAGCCCUAUAGCAGGAAGCCACCACUAAGGUCCAGGAGAGACCCAAUGCCACAGUGUCCAGGACCACUCUCCCUGGGAGCUCUAGGAGAGGGUUCCCCUGCAUCCUGGGCUCCUGUCCCUUGGGGUUGUGGCUGCCCCACUCCUGUUUCUGCUGCAGUUCUUGCAUGGUGUCUCCGGUCUGCAUGGUUCAAGCCCCAUCUCCUUGCUCUUAGAGGAUGCCUGCCUGGCCUCAGGGCCCCCAGUCCAGUUGGUCUCAUCUUGAGAUCACUCACUGAUGACACCUGCCAAAGCUGUUUCCAAUCAGGACCCACCAUGAGGCUCCUCAGGAAUCUGGGGGCUGCUAUACAAGCCGCCAAUGCCAGUGUGGGGUCCUCGACCCAGAGAAGCUGACGUGUUCAAGAAGACAUUGAAUGCACUUCUAGGUCAUGUCA